CAGCACCAAAAUUUAUAAUAUUUGCUUUGAUUGGAUGUUUCAUCCACUACGACGAACAGCAGUAAAAAGUUUUUCUCUUGUGUGAAUUUGCAGAAUUUCUGGGGGAGGUGCAAACAGACGUUUGAGAUUAUCUCGAUAUUCCUUCAAUUUUACUUGAAGCAUUUUUUGUAUAAGAAAAUUACUUCAAACACACACACACACACACACACUCACACAAACACAAAUAACAACAAGAAUAUAACCAACUUUAAAGUUCCACGCUUUGAUUCUCACAUAAAAUUAUAAGCAUAUAAAAAAUAAUAAUAUUAAAAAAUAAAAAAUCAACAAUUGAACGACAUAAUCAAUAAACGAUUUUAAUAAUUAAAUAUAAAAUAAAAAUAAAAUAAAAAUAAAUCAUUAAAAGUAAAAAUAAAUAAAAUAAAAUGGCACACAUAGGGCGUACAGUAAAAAAUGUUGAGGCACCGCGCCCACUAAAAUCACAAUCACGCUCCUCAUUGAAAAACAAUUACAUGCUCAUCGAGGAGCUAAUACAGCUGAUUGAAAAUGUUGCGUUGACUCUACAAUCGGGCAUUAACAAUACGGAACCAAUGGCAGCACUAGUGCAAAAUCUACGCAUACAUGGUCCACAAUUGGAAACCGUAUCGAAAGAUACAUUGGAUCGUGCAUUUGUUGUUUUCCGCAAUGCUUCGCAGGACGAACGCUUAAAUAUUAUGACGAGACUGAAUUUGCUCGAAUUGAUAGAGUUGCGCGCUAAAGGCUGGGAGGAUAACGGCUUCAAUUCGUAUUAUAAAACCAAACAAGCUACAAAUAUCGACCUACCCGAUGGACAUGUUGAUCCAACACAAACCGGGUUCCUUAGCACCUCCCCCACAUUCGGUGGGGCUGGCGCUGCUGCAGCAGCAGCUAUUGCCGCUGUUGGCUCGGCGCAGCAGACACAAUUACUACUGGCACCGGGCGAGGUCAUACGAAAUUCGGGCAAAUUUCUAAAACCAACCAAAAUACCAGGCAAAACCUAUUGUAAAGAUGAAGUGGUUAUACGUAAUGCGGAUUCGGGAAAAGUUAUGGGCAUUAAAGGCAGACGUGUUCAUAUGAUUGAGGAGUUAAGUGAAACGAUAAUAUCCUUCCAAAGAGUAAAUCCUGGCGCUAAGGAACGUUUGGUGCAAAUUACUGGACCAACUGAGGAAAAAAUUAACUAUGCCAAACAACUCAUUGAGGACACUAUUCGACGUAAUGCCUCACCCGUACGUCUCGAUCCCGCUAUGGGUAGCGGUCAUGCUGGUGGCGGCGGUUCAUGCUCAUCACUAGCAUCUUCCAAUUCCGAUGAUGUCGUUACACCGCGUACACCGGGCGGUGCUGGUAACAGUAGUCUAGCCAAUCGUUUGAGCUUCAAUUCAGCGCAAAACUUCAUGACUGCCACUGCGGCAGCAACGGCCUCGCAACAACAACAGGUUAUGAAUAUGAUGGGCGCCGUCGUUGGUAGCACUUCCACACCUACGGCUGCUGCCGCAGCUGCAGCUGCUGGUAAAGUGUUACGUCCAAAUCAGCAAAUGUUAUUGCAUUCAUUUUCCACCAAUGAUGCUUCUUUAGGUGAAUACAAAUAUACGGUGAACGUGGGACAGCAUCUCAUCAAAAUCACCGGUGAUUGUUGUGAUCUUGUGCGGGUUGCAAAACUAGUGCUGGACGAUUAUUUUAGCAGUGCUGAGUUUUUGGCUUCCGUAGAGGCUGGCGCCGCCUUCGAUGGCAGCAUUGUUAGUCCGAUUGCAACACCGUCCACGCCGAUGGCCGCGCCGCAAUUCAUGAUGGGUACACCACUACAUGCCGCUGCACCACCACUGGCGGAUAGCGGCAUCGGUUUGAAUUACAUGGCCGUACAGGGUGUCAACAGUAACAUGCACGAUGGUGACGAUGAAGUUUUUGCCGAUUCAAAUGCUACCGGUCAGAGUAAUGGUUUAGCGCGUUCGCGUAGAAGUCACUUCUCGCGUAAAGACUCCACACCGGAAGCGCCAACUAGCUCAACGGCUGCGCGUGGUAAAAAUGAAAGCGCCACUGUUGGCACUGUCAGCAGUGAUUCGACACGAAUUGUUCACGAAUACGAGCAUUUGUUGUACUACUCGAAGAGCCCACAUUCCUGGGCAUUGCCAGUGGAGUGGCAGAAAAUCUGCGAAAAGUUUCCAGCCAUCGUACGCAAUAAGGUAACCCAAGUCACUGCCGCCACAGGCACAGUUACUAAUACAGCACCGAUAUUACGUGUUGCUUCCAUAACUACUAAUAGUACUAUUUCCAAUCCCACUACUAUUACUACUACUUCUGCUAUAACUACCAGUGUAAUUACGCCCAGUAUAAGUACUAUGCCAAAUAUUGCUAGUAAUAACAAUAAUAACAAUAGUAUUAGUAACAAUCUAUAUGCUAAUGCCACUGUUGGUUCCGUUGGCGGUGUUAGUGUUAAUGCUAAUAAUGUAUUAAAUAGUAAUUUAAGUAAUUCCACAAAGAAUAACACAAUGCUUGUGCAGACACAACAGCACACAGCAGUUAUUACAAUUUCACAACAACAACAACAACAUCAACAUCAACCAACUAUGCACAUGCACCCUGGUAAUAAUAGUCCACUUAUACAUAACCGUCAGCAGUACGAACUGCACCACCCACCAUUACAUAUCAAACGUAAGGGGUUUUUCAAUCGUCAAAUUGUUAGUAUUGACGAGGAGGGCUAUGAUGGCUUGCAACAACAACAGCAGCAGCAGCAGCAGCAGCAAUAUCAUCAGCACUAUCAUAAAGAUCGCCAUUAUGGUAAUGCUAAUGCGCAUACGAAUAAUAUGUAUCAACGUCCGUAUAGUCAUCGUACCGAUGCAAAUGCUAAUAACAGUAAUCAUAGCAGUAAUCAACAGCACCAACAAGAAAUGCAUUACCACCAUCAGCAGCAGCAAUCGUUGUCUCAACAACAACACAUGACCCAUCAACAUCCACAAAAAUUAGUAUCUGUGCGUUCAGGCCCAACCACAGCUGGUUUUAACUUUGCAAAUUCACCAUAUAACAAUGCCGGUGUCACACCACCAGUACAACCACCAACAACCACAACACCAGCAACUCAUACAAAUAACUUGUCGGCGUCAUUCAAUAAUGGCAACAACUCGAGUGGCAGCAAUUCUUAUGUAAUUAUUAGCGGCGAUAAUAAGCCGCAAAAAUUAUUAAAUAAACAAAUUAAAUUGAUUUCCUCCAUUACGGAGAGUACUUUGGUACAAGAGCCAACUGACAUUGGCACCAAGUCGCUUGAGGGUAAUGAAAAUGAUUACAAAAGUGCUGGUGGGACUAAUGUUGCUGCUGAAGGUGGAGAGAGGAUGCUGAAGAGUGCUAAGGCCAAAACGUCGGCAAACAAGUCUAGAAAAAUGCGACGUGACAUGGGCACAAAUAGCGAUAUUAUCGAAAUCAUCGACGAUGAAGAUAAUGAUGAUGAUGUGGAGUUUGUUAGUGAGACAAAAUAUUUACAGAGCGAAAUUAUUAUCACUGCUGAUGUUGUUGCAAAUCAAAGACGUGCAAUAGAACGUCCAAAAUUUAUACGUGAAUAUCGUUCGAAUUCUACGUGUGAUUAAUAACUGCAAAGAGGCAGGCAUGAAAAGCAAAUCAUUAUGGGUUACCGGUCAAAUGACCGGUAAUUGUAAAGAAAUGAAGAGUUUUAAACAAAAACAAAGCAAUCUAUAAUUAAUACGUUUUGUAUGAAAACGAAAUAUCACAUAUAACAAACACUAGAUAUUACGUCCGGAUUAAUUGAAAAAAAAAAUGAUACAUUUUUAAUGGUUGUUCUUCUCAAAAAAGGAGAAAUUCGUAAAAAUAUCAGCAAUGUUAUAUUCAGAAAUCCCCACAAUUUUAUAUGCAAAAUAUAAUAUAAAGUUAAAGAUGUCAAGUUAACAUCUUAUACUUUUUGAGUUUACUUUUUAAACAGAUUUUGAAAUUUCGUUUACUCCAAAGCUUAGUGCUUCAACUACUUUCAUUCAUCCGCUGUUGAGUAAGAAACUAUCACAUAUUUUUAUCGCGUAUUAAAAUUAAUAGUUUGACUAUUUUUGACUCAAUAAAAACCGGAGAUUUUAUUGAUAACUAAAAAAAAGGAGAAUUUUCAAAAACCUCAACAUCUUACUUUCUUUUCAUUCAAGAUUUUAUAAAUUGUACAACAAUAAUAAGUCUUGUUGAUACCAAAAUGUGUCAAAUUACCUAUCAAAGUAACGGUAUAAAACGGUGUGACAUACUUUUUCUUCCAAAUUAAUACAUAUUUUUAUUACUAACAAAAUGAAUAUAAUAUAUAAAAGAUAUAUAUAUAUAUAUUUUUAUAAAACCAAACGAACGAAAGUGCAUACACUUUACCAAAAACUACGUUCCUUUCUAACAUAUUUGUUUAUAUAAAUAUAUUAUUUUAUGUCAUGUAUAUAUAUAAUACAUAGAAAAAAUAUGAAAUCAAUGAUUUUGAAAUUAAUUGCAGAUUUAAAAGAAAAUGUAUUUCAAGUACGAUUUUUUAACUAAUUUUAAAGCAAAGCUUUUUAGACCCAACAAGCGCUAUAAGCCAUUUUAAUUGUGAAAAA